AUGGAUUCUUCAGAAUUCCCAAAGGAAUUGUUGGAGAGCGUGCAGGAGGCGGUGGGACGGAGCCUGAAAUUGACUCUGAGGUGCCAGGUGCAGCAGGAGGUCAAAGGUGAAAAGUUGGACAACAAAGUGCUGGCUUCAUCAUCACACCGAGCCUUCCUGCUGUCAGCACGCGCCCCCUGCAAGGUGGAGCACUCCUUUAGCUACCUGGACAUCAACGGUCUCCGUAGCAACAAGCCCACUCAGGUGGUUUUGCAGUUCCAGCGUGGGCCAUGUACGCUAUGGUUCAGCACUCAGACGGACACCGACCGCUUCAUCGCACAGGUGGCUACGUGUUUAGCCAAGAUCCGCCCAGAUGCGUACGUCACCAGCCGAACGAAUCUGCUAAAGAAUAUUGAUGUGACGCCCCCAGAGCGUUUGGAUGCCCUCCGAUCAGCCUGGGAGAAGCAAUGCCAACUGGACCCAGGGCCAUGCGGGGGAUUCUCGGAUCAGUAUCGGGCUGUCUGCGACAACCUCAACUUGGCCUACAGGGACGAGGUCCAGUGGGAUGUGGACACUAUCUACCUGAGCCAGGACACCACAGAACUCAACCUGCACGACUUCAGUCACCUAGACAGCAGGGAUCUGGUGGCCAUCGUUGGUACUCUAGAGUACAACAAGUGGUUCACCAAGCUUGUAGCUAAAGACUGCAAACUGUCCGCAGAUGUGUGCGAGAUGAUCCUGCGCGUGAUGUCCCGGUCCACUUGCCUGGAGGAGCUUGUCCUGGACAACGCCGGUCUCAGAAGUGACUUUGCUCAUAAACUGUCCUUGGCACUGUGUCAUAACCCCGCCUCCUCGCUGCACUACCUCAACUUGAGCAACAACACUCUGGACGACAAAGGCGUGUGUGCUCUUAGCUCCCAGUUGGGCAAACUCCCAAUGGGCCUGAAGCAGCUCAACCUCAGCAGGACUUCCUUGUCCCCCAAAGGUGUUAAUUUCCUGGGUCAGGCACUAUGUGCCAAUCCCAGAAUGGCUACCACCCUCACUCACCUGCACUUGUCAGGAAACUCACUCAGAGGAGAUGACCUGCAGAACCUCCAUAACUUUUUAAGUCAUGACAACUGCUUAGAAGUCCUGGAUUUAUCCUGUAGUGACUGCUCACUGGAACAGACAUCAGCAUCCCUGCUGAAAGGAUGUCUGAAGCGUCUCCGUGUGCUGAACAUGUCAAAGACGCUCUUCUCUCACAGGAAGUGCAAGGAGGUUCCGGCAUCCUUUAAGCAGUUCUUCAGCCUGUCGCAGGCUCUGAGCUCCGUAAACGUGUCUGGAUGCCGACUUCCUCCCGAGGCUCUCAAGGCAUUGCUGCUAGGCCUGGGCUGUAACCCUAACUUGAGUGACGUGUCACUGGACCUGAGCGCCUGCGAGCUCCGCUCGGCGGGCUCUCAGAUCCUGGAGGGCUGCAUCGCAGAGAUCCCCAACAUCUCCAGUCUGGACAUCUCAGACAACGGUCUUGAUGGGGACUUGAGCACCCUGCUGGUCUGGCUGUCCAAGAAUCGCUCAGUCCGUCACCUUUCCUUGGGCAAAAAUUUCCAGAACAUCAAGUCCAAGAACGUGGCUCCGGUCCUGGAUGACCUGGUUCGUAUGAUCCAGGAGGAGGAGUCGCCGCUGACGUCGCUGUCGCUGGCUGACUCCAAGCUAAAGGGAGACCUUGCUGUGGUCCUCAAUGCGCUGGGAGGAAAUGCUUCACUCACCGAACUGGACAUCAGUGGGAAUGCCAUGGGCGACGUGGCUGCCAAAAUGCUAGCCAAGGCCUUGCAGAUCAACACCAAGCUGAGGACGCUCAUCUGGGAUAGAAACAACGUCAGCCCUCAGGGUCUUCAGGAAGUGGCGUCAGCACUGGAGAAGAACUUCACCAUCCGUUUCAUGCCCGUGCCCAUCGUGGAUGCCGCCCAGGCUCUCAAGACCAACCCGGAAAAGACCGAAGACGCUCUGCUUAAGAUGGAGCGCUUCCUGCUGAGGAACCACGAGACCCGGAAGUACCUCCAGGAGCAGGCGUACAGGCUGCAUCAGGGCAUCGUCACCAGCACCACGCAGCAGAUGAUGGACACUAUGUGCGUGAAGGUUCAGGAUCACCUCAACUCCCUCAUGUUCUCUCAGGACCACACAGUCCAGGAGGAUAUAAAAGCGGCGGAAGACCUAAUGACAGAUGCAAAGAACUCCAAGACUCUACUCCCCAGCCUCUACCACAUAGGGGGUGACGGUCUACGUGGCGCAAUCCAGAACAAGCUGGAGGCCGUAGCGGCGGAGGUAGCGGCCGUGAUGGAUGAGCAGUUGGAGACAAUGCUGGCGUCCAUGUUGGAAGCGGCCUCCAGUUUGUGCCCACAUGUGAUGAAGACGAGCGGUUUCCGUCCACAUCUGCUCAUUGCCGGCGCGGAAAGGAUGACCGUCCCUCGCAGCUUCAUUGCCAAGACGCUGCUGGAACAGACAGGCAUGGACAUUCUCAACAAGAUCAGUGAACUGAAGCUCAGUGUGGCAUCCCUGAUCUCCGAUCGCAUCAUGGAUAAGAUCCUGGAAUCUCUGUCGACUUGCCGCAGCAUGCUGGCUGACCACGUGAGUGGGCGAGGCCGACCGACACUACGUGCAGAGUCUCGGGAGGAAGUUCAGGUUCUGGACGAGACGGUCCUUCGUCCAGAGAGUGGCAAAGGGGACGGCCAAAUGGAUGUUUGCGCGUUGACAGCCAAGUCCAAAAGGAAAAGUAUUCUGGUGCGAAUGAUGCGACCUGUCUCAGUGGCCUUUGAGACGGAGUUUGACCUGGACGAGGCCCUCCAGGAGGUGCCGGUGCACGUGGAGGACCCGCCAGACCAAUUGCCAGCUUUCCCGCCUCUGGUGUCGCCGCCACAAUUGCAGCAUCACACUAAAGUUCGGCCCAAAGCCAGGAGGCGGAGCAAACCCAGCAGAGUUGCUCACGAGGCACCUCACGAGGCAGUGAACCCGAGCAUGAUGGAAAAACUGGAUGAGGGGGUGGACGAGUUCUUCUCAAAGAAAGUCCUGAAAGUCAGCUUAAAACGACCCGCCGCCGCGCAAACGACGCCGUUAAACACGCACGAGUCACUCGACAAGAAACGGGAAUCCAGGAGAAGCGGCUUCUUCAACCUCAUCAAAGGUCGAACGUCGCGUUCCGACAAAAGCCACGUAGCCCUCGGGUCGCCUGGGCCGGUGUCCCCAGGCAUAUCGCCCGUGUCUCCCACCUUAUCGCCGCGAACGCCUUCUUUUGGAGAAAUGGCCCAAGAUCCUCCGCCCGCGUCCCCCGCUUCGCCAGUAUCCCCGUCUCGAGACGUCGAUCGGCCUGAGGUGAACGCGUCGAUGCUUCUCGAGCAAAAAGACAGUCCCCUUGUUCCGCGCCACGUGGGCAUUCCUGUCAUGGGGGCCGACAUUCUGGCGGAGAUAAAGGCGCGGCAGGAAAAAAUGGCCGCUCACAAGUCAGAAUUACGAAAGGAAGAUGGCGACGCAGACGAAGACCGGUGUUCUCCAAAGGCCGCCCCGAGGUCCAAAGCGCCUGCCGUCGGCCCUGCCCCGCCGUCGCCCCCUCCUCAGGUUCCCGAAUCUCCAGCGGGUCAGCGUACCUCCAUGACACCCUCCAGUCCCAACGGUCAACUUGGUACGCCGGGUCCCCGACAUCCCGUCGUCGUGAUGGAUGAUUCCCGGUGGGAGGCCGUCCAGAUUCCGGUUCCAGCUCCUCGUCUGAGGAGGGAGCCGUCCAUACACGAGCCAAAACAAAGUGAUGGAUACCGAGGGACAAACUCGACUGCACGUGGCGUUGACACACCUUCACCACGGCGGUGCGCCUCCUUCAAGAUGUCUUCAUCGCACCCAAGUCUGACUGGGCGGCGGCGAACCAAGUCCUUGCCCGAACGCGGUCCGAUGGCUCCUGCGCCGUAG